AUGCCCACGAUCGGAGUCUUCCCCGCCGCCGGCGCCCUGGGCACCAGCACCAUCAACCAUCUCGUCAAGCUCGUCCCGGCGUCCGAUUUGAUCCUCGUGGCGCGGAAGCCGGACAACGACCACCUGGCCGAGCUGGCCCGCGCGGGGGCGACCGUCCGCCGGGCCGACUACGAGGAGCCGAGCACCCUGGACCGUGUCUUCGACGGGGUCGAUGUGCUGCUGUUGAUUUCCUAUGCGUCGAUUGAGAUCCAGUUUCGGUUCGAGGCACAUAAACACGCCAUCGACGCGGCGCGGCGCAGCGGCGUGAAGCACAUCUUCUACUCGUCGCUGGGAUUUGCGGGGGAUCUGGAGACGAGCAGCGUGGCGCACGUGAUGAAGGCACACCUCAAGACGGAACGGUAUCUGGCAGAGUUACAGUCCUCAUCAUCCAGUACUCAAUUUACCUAUACGGCGGUGCGGGAGGGGAUCUACUCGGAGUCGUUCCCGAUCUACACGAGCUGGUUCAAUCCCCACCACCCGGCGGAUGAGGUGGCCAUCCCGCAUGCCGGCGACGGGCCCGGGGUGACCUGGGUGAAGCGCGACGAGCUGGGCGAAGCCACGGCGAAGCUCGUCGUCGAUUACACGAAAAGCCCGCGCGAUUUUCCGUACCUGAACCGCGUGCUGCUGCUCUCAGGCCCGCGGGAGAUCUCGCUGCGGGAGACGGUCGAGAUCCUGGGUAGGCAGGUCGGGAAACCCCUCAAGAUUCGGGAGAUCUCCAUGGAUGACUAUGUCAAGCUGCCGCAGCAUGGGAAGAAGUUCUUUUAUCAUGGGAUUGAUCUGACGAGGGAGUGGGCAACGGCAUGGGAUGCUAUUCGGCGCGGAGAGACGGCUGUCGUCUCGCCGCUCCUGGGCCAAAUCCUGGGUCGCGAGCCGGAAAGCUUCGAGACCACGGUCAAGGCUUUGUGUGAUGGUAGCGUGUCGCUGGCUGAUCGCAGGUACUAG